AUGGCUAGCCAAACAUUCAACACUGCCGUAAAAGGCUCAAACAUCUUUGAUGUCAACUCCACCUCCACAACCCGAACAUCCCCAGCCGAACAAUCCAUCCUCUCAACCAACCGCAUCCAAACCUACACCAACGACUCUCAACACUCUACCACCUACGCAUCUCCAACCCUUGUGUACAACGGUGAUCAGGCAGCAGUCACCCAGUACUACACCGCCGCCGCGAGAAACAACAUCCAAAACUUUGAUGCGGCAUUCUACAGCAAUGGUGGUGGGCAGUAG